ACUGCGUCGUUUUAAUUACUCAAAAUAUGCUGAUACUAAAUUAAUAAUUCAACUCGCCAGUGAAGCACAGCUCGGCUAGGUGAAGCCGUGAUCUUCAUCUUUCUAUUUUUUUUUUCUCCAACGCGAAUUUUUAUAUUUUUGUUUCCUUUAACAGAUUGAAUCCAUAUCCGAUUUCUUUGGAAAUUUUGUAUCUCCACCGAAAAAUGGGGAUUUCAUCCGCAUCACAUCAUUUGGCAAAGAAUAUUCAUCAUCAAUCAAUCUUUUCGGUCCAUCGUUUGUUCUUCUUCUUCUUCUUCACCAAAUUCCAUAAUCAAUAUUCAGUGCUUUUACUCUGCCAUAAGAGUCAAUUUACUGUGGGGAACAUCACGACGUCCAUCUUCGGCACAAUCGAACAGUUUACCUUGAAGACGACGCAUUGUUUAAAGAUCGAACAAAAGCUUAGCAUGGAUAACGGAUGUACAUCUUUUCGUCGUUUGAGUUUUGAGCAUGCCAAUGAAGAACAUAAUCAAUAUCCUAGUGAUAUGGUAGAUGAUGGAAGUAUGAAUCAGUUGGUCAACUUGACAAGUACGAACGACAAGGAAGAUACUCCAAAGAUUGGUAUGAGCUUUGAUACUGAAGAGGAUGUCUAUGAAUUUUAUCUAAAAUAUUCAAAACGUGUGGGGUUUGGUAUAAGAAGAAGCAAAAGUCACAAGAACAAAUCUGGAGAAUUAGUUGACAGGAUCUUCUGCUGCAGUGCUCAAGGAAAAAGAUCACAUGAUAAACGUGAUAUUUAUGUGAAAAAAGCUCGCCCAGAAACAAGAUUUGAUUGUCAAGCUAAGUUGAAGGUUAGCAGCCGAGAAACUAGAAAACUUUGUGUAGUUCAGUUUUGUUAGGUCCGGAGGGUCUCGAAUAGGUGUAUGGGGGG